AUUUUAAGGCAGCUUGUGCAGUACACACACAUGUAGUGUUUAACCAGACUGUGAGGUGCAUCUAGGCUAGUUUAAGAGAGAUGAACGCACCAAAGAAAGUCAUCAUCAUUUGUUGUCUGCUUCAAGCUGUUUUGUGUAGAAAAUUCUCCAUCACUCUACCAGAGAGUGUAGAAGCUCUGAGAGGACUCUGUGUUCUCAUACCCUGCAGUUUUCAGAUUGAAGAACGAUAUGACGCAUACCUCUGGGGAAAUCCUACAGGAAUCUGGUUAAAAGAUGGCACUAAUGCUGAAAAUAACAAAGUCUUUAACUCUAAAGAAGAUACAAAGAACAAGAUUAAAGGUCAAAUUACAGGGGAUCUCCUCAUGAAGAACUGCACCACCAUCUUCUAUGAUAUCAGACAGAGUGACAGAGGAACAUAUUACUUUAGAUUAGAGGCUAUGGGAGGUCUAAAAAACACUUAUACAACAUCGGUAUCAGUAAGAUUUCAAGAAUCUCCAAUCAGCCCCUCAAUAACACUGUAUAAGGAGGAUCAGGGGGAGGUGGAGGACCACAAUGAGGUGGUGGAGGGAACUUCACUGAGUCUCAUUUGCUCUGCUCGAUCUCCAUGUCCCUUCAACCCCCCCAUUAUUAUUUGGAACUUCCUGCCUGAGGAGAGAAGACAGGAGCAGAACCACAACACCAGCUUCAGCUCCUCAAAGCUGAACUUCAACGCUACUCACCUGCAUCAUGGACUCGAUUUCAUCUGCACUGCCACCUACCAGCUCCAGAACCAUAACAAAUCAGUACAGCGCUCUUAUACUCUACAUGUUCUGUAUGGUCCUAGAAACAUAUCAGUAUCAGUGUCUCCAUCUGAUUCAGUACUUUUGGGCAGUUCAGUGUCUCUGAGUUGCAGCAGUGAUGCAAACCCAGCAGUGCUGAACUACACCUGGUACAGAGAGAACGGAGAGCAGAUAGGAACCAGAGACCAUCUCACCAUCAACAAGACUGAUUCUACACACAGUGGUUUAUAUUACUGUAGAGCUCAAAACCAGCACGGAGAUCAGAACACAUCUGUGUUCCUGGAUGUUCAGUAUGGUCCUAGAAACACAUCAGUAUCAGUGUCUCCAUCUGAUUCAGUACUUUUGGGCAGUUCAGUGUCUCUGAGUUGCAGCAGUGAUGCAAACCCAGCAGUGCUGAACUACACCUGGUACAGAGAGAACGGAGAGCAGAUAGGAACCAGAGACCAUCUCACCAUCAACAUGACUGAUUCUACACACAGUGGUUUAUAUUACUGUAGAGCUCAAAACCAGCAUGGAGAUCAGAACACAUCUGUGUUCCUGGAUGUUCAGUAUGCUCCCAAGGUCUCUCCAUCCUCCAGCUGUAACAGCACUCAGGAUUUGAUCAUGUGUUCCUGUGAGGUUCGUGGAAAUCCAUCUCCUAAACUGCAGUGGAGUCUCUCUGAUCAAACAUCUUCAAUCAUCAGGGAAGAGUCUGUGAACAACACAACCUUAAGAAGCUCCAUCUCCGUUCAUCAGUCAUUUACAGACAUGCUCACUCUGCAGUGUGUUGGCUCCAAUAACCUGGGCACCGACACACAGCUCUUCUAUAUAAAGAAAGUUCCUCAUCACUCUAAUAAAGUUGUGGAUGUUUCCUCUGUGCUGAUUGGUGCUGCUGUUGGAGCUUCAGUAAUGAUGAUACUGUGUGGUCUAUUCCUGUGGUUAAGGAGAGUGAAACCUUCCCAGUCUGGACCAGGAGACAGAGCAGGGCUCAUUUUAGACAACAAGGCCGUUGGACAGGAAGAAGGUGGAGAGUCUGUUUAUGCAAAUAAACAGGUUUCAUCAGAGUCACUUCAUUACUCCACUGUUAUGUUUCCAAACAGGGCAGGAAGUGAAAUCAAAGGCACUUCCUCUCUCACUGCUGAGUAUUCUACUGUUCGUCACGGCUCCAAACAAAAAAAUGAGAAAAGAAAUACAGAAACUGAAGCGAAAGAAAGCGACACAGAGCUGAUCGGACACUCAGAUGGAGCUGAAAGUCUUUAUGCACAAGUUAAACCUCGGAAAGUAGAAAGUGUGAAAAACUCUAUAAAUUAAUUCAGUCUUUACAAACAUGCUCAGACAUACAGUGUGAGAGAUGUGAGAGUUACAACCACAUAUUUACAGACAUCAUAUUUACACAUAUUUUAUAUCUAUAACAUUGUUUAAGUACAUCGUUUUGGAAAAUGACAAAAAAAAAUCAGAAAAAUAUAAAUGUUUUAUGCGCACGUUUUAUAUGAUUUAUGUCAUUAAGCUAUGAGUUUGCUUAUUGCCUAAGAGAAAAAGGUUUGCAGCUUUAUUCCACAUUGUAAGUGUCAAUAAAAUUGAGAAAACAAUAAUGAAUAUAAAAGUUAUGUACUUUUAAUUUAAUUGUAUUUGUAGCAACAAAAAUAAUUUUAUCA